AUGCCGUUAGCUCACAACCUUUCAAAGGUCACCAAGAACUUGUCCAAGUCUACUGGAUCCAUACAUAUUAAAGGAAGAAAGUUCAAACAGUUGAACAGAGCGACUUUGAGAGACAAAAAGCUCACAGCCAAAAGAGCCAAGUCCAUAGAACAGAAGGAAAAUGACAUGGCCAGCAUUUUUUUCUUGCAGAAGUUGAUUAACGACGACGACGACUUCAAGAAAGUCGAAACCUUCUCUCUCGCUGAGAUGAAGGCGUUUGUUGAAUUGUUCAUCUCCAGAUUUGACGAUGAGUUACAACAGUUGAGAGAAGAAAGAAGACCAGGUAGACCUCAGACUAAUAGACAGCAGAUCUUGGAGGAAAAAGUCAAGUAUGAUAAACGUAUAUAUGCCACCGGUUUCAAGACACCAGACUUGACCGACAAGGCUACUGUAGAAAGAUUGAGAUUGUGGAACGGAACGACUGGUGGUGCUACUGUCAUGAAGUUUGUCUUGCUAACCAAAGACAUGCAACUGUUACCAACAAAAGAAGUCACCAUGGAUGAGUAGACUUUAAAUUAGCAUAGAUGUAUAUUAGAAACAGACGAUCAU